UGAAAUCUAUUGUUUAUAAUGUACAAUAGAAAUCGGGCUAGUUUCGACAAUGACUAAGUGACUGCUGACUGAUUUGCAUAUCACUGGUUGUCGCGGCGCCGUACAAUUUUUUUUAGUUUUCCAAAAGACUGGAAAUUUUCAACUUAAUAUACGCUUGGGGCGAUUAUUUUGCAAGGUCUUGAUGGUGUUGCUACGACCAUGUUGCCUGUUACAUGUAAAUUUCCGUGGCUUUUCCUCUGGAUUUUCGCUGUCUCUGCUUUAGAUGGAGAAGCGAAGUUCGCAAAUGUGAAUGACGCGACGGAAGACGAUGUUCCGUCCGAGGUCACCGCCAAAAUCGGUGAAAACCUUACAAUACAAUGCAGCAUGGACUACCAGCUCAUGUUUUUUGCUUGGUAUUUGUGCCAGUCUGAUUGCCGCUCUCCAACAGCAGACUGGGAAAUGGUCGUCAAAGUAGACUACGGUAAAAUCCAAAUAUUCAAUCAAACGAAAUUUGGCCUAGAGCCCAAUGGUUCGCUGAUAUUGAAAGAUAUUCAGCUUGAUGAUGACGACAACUGGGUCAGAUGCUUUCACAAGGAACGGUUUGUUCGUCAGGACCACAGGUCUACAAUUAUUCGUGUCGCCCAAGAGCCCGUCAUUGCAUCAAACAAUCGUAAGGAGUAUGUGGUGUUUGAGAGCAUGCCUUUUGUCAUGUUCUGUGAAGUGAGAGGCUAUCCUCCUCCAUGGGUAGCUUGGAUUCGGAAAGGCCAAGUGCUUCAAAACAAAACCAACGGGCCAAAGUAUUUACUGCGUCACCAUGCCACCACGCAGGAAGCUGGUAUUUAUACCUGCACGGCGGGAAACUUUGCUGAUGUUACAAAGUUCGACAUUCAACUGACCGUUAGAGUUGAUGGUCCACCGGGAGAAUCGACAGCUUCACCACAAACACAUUCUACAGUCAAAGGACCCACUGCAGAAUCAAAGCUCACUUCAGAAGCACCCUCUGCAGGUACAACCAGGAAGACCAACCAAGAAAGCAUCAGCCCGGGUGAUUGCGUUGGUAUCGGAAUUGGGGUUGCUAUUGCUGUGGGUAUUGCUUCGUUUGUCACGGUAUGGUACGUGAAACGUAGACGGGAAAGUCGGCGAAGAGUAGCCGUCGUGCAGUUUCAAGGGAAUUCCGCAAAUGAUGAUGAUUUCACAAGUGAUGAUGAUGUCAUUGAUGUGGCUGACAAACCUGUGUAACAAACAACGUUUUAUUUCCCCGAGAGGUUUUGUUUCACCUCGCGACUUCAAUGAUCCCUCAUUGUUUCCCGCAGGGCCAGUCCUUAAGUGUUUUGUUAUACCUCCCAACUCAAAAAUAGAAGAAACAAAACUGCGAAAAAAUCGUGUCCUUGACGUCG